CUGUCGUGUUAUUUUUACUGAACGACUCGAAAAGAUCAGAGUCAGUAAAAAUAGUCGAAAUGACCAUCCCUAGUAACCCCGGGCUACUUUGAAAUGUGAGACGAGACACAGGCUGGUUUUAUAGAUCAAUAAAUUUGCAGAAAUCUGUAGCUGUGGUCUUCUGGAACAUGAUGGCCACUGUUACGUAAUUUCCUGUUUCAUAGAGACAGGUCCGUAGCUAAUAAGGCUCCGUGUGCUUUGUAGCACAAUUCAGCAUAGGCUAUUGCUACGCUUACGUCUCCAAAAUGUCUAACCUACGGUUAGGUAAUGAUGUUCUCAACGAAAAAUUAGCCUCAGUUCCUUUGGAGAUAUCCGUGGUAGUUAAAACAACGAUUGCAGAGUAUCAGAAAGAAAUCUCACGAUUAAAAUUGGCGAAUGCUCGUCUGCGAAAACUGCUGGAUUUGGUAUUCAAACCAGAUAUACAGUUGCAUAGAUUAGCAGGUCACAUUUGUGCUGUCUAAUUCUGACAGUUGACUGGUGUAAUUCAACAUUGUUUGGGACAAGAGAGGCCUGUAGAUCCCUUGAUGUUACCCUGGGGUUCUUCAAAACUUCCAGGAGCAUCUUUAGACCUCCAGCAGCUCACUCUUACUGAAGAGGAAGGUAGUCCUGAGCAGGAGGAUUUAUGCUGUGGUCUGGAGCCUUUGGAGUCGGAUGCUGAAGAAUCUGUAUGGGACUCUUUAAACGUUACCACACAGAACCGAACAGAAUCGGAAUCAUCCAGUGACUGUGAACCUCCCUCUGAAGUAAAUCCUGACAGUGAGAACAGUGAAAGUGAUCAUGGAAAGUGUGAGGCACUAGAGAAUAAAAAACCGAGUUCAGAGAUUCUCAAAUCAAAGCAAGGAAGAGGACGGUCAAGGAAAGAAGGAAAGAAGCUCCCUGAUCUGAAAUGCCGCUUCACCACCACCGGUGGGCUGAGAGGACAUCGGCAAAAUUGGCACAUUAAAGAGCGGCUUAAAGCAUGGCCAAAACCGGGUCCUAGUCAAAUACCAGAUCUGAAAUGUGACCUGUGUGGAAAAUGUAUGGGGACCGCGCGCAGCCUGAGAAGGCACCGUCAAAAUCGGCACCUCAAAGAACGACCAAGGGGACGGCCGAAGAAGGAAGCCGGCGACUUGCCUGAUCUGAAAUGUGAUGUUUGCGGGAAACGUUUGGCGACAGCUCGUAAUCUGAGAUUGCAUCGGCAAUUCCGGCACAGCGAUGAGAGACCGUACAUGUGUGACAUUUGCGGACAAGGUUUCAUUCUGAACUGCUACCUGGUCCGGCACAUAAAAACUCACAUGGAAGAAGGCCAGCAUUGCUGUACCAUAUGUGGUAAAGGUUUCAAUCACAAAAAUAAUCUGAAAAAUCACAUGCGUACUCAUACAGAGCCUGCUUUCAAAUGUGAUAUGUGUGGAAAAAGUUUGACGACAAAAAGAGGUCUGCAACUGCAUCAGCAAAAUCACACCGGGGAGAAAUCGUAUCCGUGUAAACAAUGUGAAAAAUCUUUCAGCAUUAAAGGCAGUCUGAUAUUACAUAUGAGGACUCACACAGGGGAAAAACCAUUUCGGUGCAAAGAAUGUGGCAAAUGCUUCAGUGACAAGGGAACGCUCACGAAACAUAUGAUGACUCACACAGAGGAGAAACCACACCGCUGCAACAACUGUGGAAAGUGUUUCAGCCUGAAAGGACAUCUGACCGCUCAUAUGAAGGUUCACACAGGGGUGGGAGUUCAAUGUCAUUUGUGCGGAAUUCACUUAAAGUUAGCAUCAAGCCUGAAGAGACAUCUGCGGACUCACAGAUGAAAUAUUAAAAUUUACUGAGAACACUGUUGAUAGUGUGAUAGAUAAAAGAGACAAAGGAGGAAACCAGAAGGGACAGUACAGGGCAUUGUGUAAGGUGAAAUAUGUGUCCCUAGUAUGAAAACGGGUUUUGCUUUAUCCUGAUGGGUCAUUUGGGCCAAAUGCGAUUGAAACUCUUUUUCCUUUAAUGGUUUAUAUAAUUUUAAUUAGAGUAAUAUUAAUGUUAGAUUCUAAAUAAUAUUUGGUUAUUUGUGUAAUGCUUACCAUACUAACUAUUGAAUAAUCAUUACUCUUAUUGCUGUUAACAGUAUGCUAUGAAGGCGAUUCACAUUUUCUCCCUUUGAGAAAUGUACAAAAUAUCCCAAGAAAAUGAAUACGUCAUUACCAUUGUGUAUUAUUUGUAACAUGUAUUUAUAAGAUGUUGUCUGAAAAAGCGGUAGGUUGGUUAGAAACCGGGAGUAGAACUCACACUGCAGCGUUAUACACCGAUCAGCCUUAAAAG